AAGAACCCCCGAGAGGGCGGUCUCGAGGCCACUCGAUUCCCGCGCGACCCCGAAGCAUGGCUGUCAAGAAGAUCGCGAUUUUCGGAGCCACCGGCAAUACCGGGCUCACCACCCUGGCGCAGGCGGUGCAAGCAGGCUAUGAAGUCACCGUGCUGGUUCGGGACCCCUCGAGACUACCCUCGGAGGGACCAAAGCCAGCCCAUGUGGUGGUAGGGGACGUCCGACAGGCGGCCGAUGUGGACAAGACGGUGGCCGGGCAGGAUGCGAUCAUCGUGCUGCUGGGCACUCGAAAUGACCUCAGUCCCACCACGGUGAUGUCCGAGGGGGCCCAGAACAUUGUGAAGGCCAUGAAGGCCCAUGGCGUGGACAAGGUCGUGGCCUGCACCUCGGCCUUCCUGCUCUGGGACCCAUCCAAGGUGCCACCCAGACUGCAGGCCGUGACCGAUGACCACAUCCGGAUGCACAAGGUCCUGCAGGAGUCGGGGCUGAAGUACGUGGCUGUGAUGCCACCGCACAUAGGAGACCAGCCGCUCACUGGAGCCUACACGGUCACCCUGGACGGACAGGGGCCCUCAAGGGUCAUCUCCAAACACGACCUGGGUAACUUCAUGCUGCGCUGCCUCACCACGGAUGAGUACGACGGCCACAACACCUACCCUUCCCACAAGUAUGAGUAGGGCCCACCUGGAUCACAUGCCAGCAGCCUGGGGGAACAGAACAAUACAGAGUGAGGGAACAAUAAAUGGGGAGCCCAGAGCUUCAACUUAAGACCC